AUGACAAGAUUGCCCAGUAUCGAUGAAUUCAAAAGCUCAUCACUUAAUGAACAAAUUGAUAUUCUAGACGUAUUGUUUGAACACAGUGAUUCUUUAGUAUGGUUCACUCUCCAAAAUUCUCGAUUCAUGGCUAGUGGAUGGAAUUCUUACGUGGAACUCGUCAACGCCAUUAAGGAUAAAUUAUUGAAAGUGUGCGACGAUACAGAGGCAGAAGGAAUUAGCAGCCGUGGUGUAGAUCAUCUGGCUAACAUAGUGGGUGCUCAUCCAAGACUCGGAGAUUCAAAACAGAAACUGUCUGUCCAUUCCAUGAAAGAGCAAGCCAACUUAACUGGUAGCACAGUCGAUUCUUUAGAAAUUUUGACAUGGUUAAAGACUUUGAAUGACAAGUACGAAAAGAAAUAUGAGGGGUUGAAGUUUGUAGUCUUUGUAAAUGGCAGAUCUUACGAUAGAAUUAGUAAACUGAUGGAGCAAAGAAUCAAUUCCAAUAAUACGUGGUUCGAAGAGUGUAGGAUAGCCAUCAACGAGAUGACAGAUAUCGCCAUUGACAGACUUAACAAAUGCAGUGAAAUUAAGGGCAAGAUAUAA